AUGGACGUUUACGAAACCCUUAAUAAUGUUCCAACUCAGUUGAUCGCAUGGGGUGAUCCAUUCGCCAACAAUAGUGACUCCGAUGUUAUUGUGAUCAUACCCGGCUGUCCAGGGAUACCAGAAUUUUACAGGGAAUUCGGUGCCGAAUUAUACGAGAACACAAAGCUGUCAGUCUGCAUUGUGGGUCAUGCAGGUCACGGCUUGCCUUCAAAACAAUUAAUGUAUAUGGAGAACAAAAAGCACUUGUUCAACGUGAGAGGGCAACUCUGUCAUAAGCUCGAUCUCUUGACAAAUUUCAUAAGUCAUAGACGAAAAUUACAUCUAAUAGGACACUCGAGUGGCUCCUGGUUACUGGUCGAAUUACUGGACAGAAACAAACAACUGACAAAACGGACUGUAUCCGUGAAUCUGCUGUUCCCAACACUACAAAAGAUCGCAGAGACACGUAAUGGAAAAUUAGUGAACGUUAUUAGAAAAUUUCAUCAUUUAACAUUAAUUUUGUUGCAGCUGAUACAAAUGCUACCGAAAACUAUAAGCCAUGCUUUAGUCAGACUAUAUUUAAUAAUCAAUUCACUUCCCUUGCGUUUCGUAGAUAGAAUAUUGUACAUGUACCUCAAUCCUGACAUUGAAAAAUAUUCGUUGGUAUUAGCUUACGAAAUCAUAGACUCGUCGAGUGAGUUAAAUAGGACUGCUAUUGAUAAGAUCAAACAUUUGACAAAUGUUGUUUACAGUGUAAAAGAUAAUUGGACUCCAGCCAGUCACAUUGAAGAUCUGAAAGCGUUUGAACCACAUAUAAGCGUGAAGAACAUCGAUGUGGAUCACGCGUUCGUUUUGAAAUCUACAAAGAUCGUGGCGCAAAAUGUAACAGAAUUCAUUAAAUCAAGAUUAACGUAUCAAAGCGUUCUAUGA